GAAGAAUUGUUGUUCGCAGUGUUGCCUCGCCUGUGACAGUGGACUGUUGUGAUUCAUGCCGCUGUGGAUCGGAAAUUUUGGUUCCGCAGAAAUUUAAUGCGGCUACAACUGAGCGCAUGAAGGAGGAGACUAUGAAUGUGGAGGCUCUGAGCAGAGCAGAGUUGCUGACUCUUCUCAGUAUCUUAGAGGGAGAACUAGAGGCCCAGGAUGUGGUCAUCCAUGCACUCAGGGCUCAGCACAGGGAUGCUUUUGUCCAGGAGCGAUACGGCCAGUAUGACCUCAGUGAUCCUUUUCUGGCCCUGCAGCGGGAUAGUGAAGCUGCAGAGCCCGAACACUCAAAAACUCAGCAUCACACACAGGUGCAGGGUCGAGCGGUGGGUCCAAACCCCCUGGCUGUGCUUAAGCUGGUCAUGGCUCACUGCAAGAGGAUGCAGGAGAGGAUGAUGGGACAGCUGGCAGCCACUGAGAGCAGACACAGGAAGAUUCUAACAGAUCUGGAGGAGGAGAAGCACCGCCGUGCCCUGGACUCGGCAAGAGCUGAUGAUGUCACAUUCAUGCUGCAGACAGAAAGAGACAGUCUGCUGCAACAGUUGGAAAUGGAGCGCUCCACAGCCCAGCGGUUACAGAAGGAGCAGGUUCAGGCGGUGAGUCAGGUGGAGUCGUCGCUGUAUCAUCAGCAGCAGCUCUCCUCAUCUCUGACAGUGGAGCUCCAGAAAGCCACCACUCAAGCUCUGGAGGAGGCCCAGAAUGUUGCCCAUCUCCGCGCUCGGCUCCACGAGGAGACCAGUGCACUGGAGAAGCUCCAGGAGGUUUUGGAGGAGGAAAAGCGCAGGGCAACCCAACUUGAGGCCAGGUCUGAGAGGCAGCUGGCAGAGUUUGACACAGAAAGGGAGCAGAUGAAAGUCAGGAUCAGUAAAGAGGAGGAGAGGAGUAAGGAGCUGGAGAGACAAGUGGAAGAGCUGCGGAACAGGUUGGCUGCAAGUGAAGCAUCCAAAGAAGUAAAGGAGCCUGUGACAGAGGUGAAGGAGUCAGCAUCUAAGAUGGUGGCAGUGUCCACGUCUGUUCAGACUGAGCCUGAUGGGAAGAUAACCAUCAUUCCCAAAACCACAUCACUGUCAAAGGUCAAUGGUUACAAUAGUGUCAAAGAGACAGAGUCAUUGCAAGAAAUGAGAGUAACAGAAAAUGGAGGCAUUGUAGAGAAUGGGGGAGGAGCAACAUUACAUUCCCCCCUCCAUCCUAAUCCUCACUCUCCCUCCAGCACAGCCUCCUCCUCCCUCUCCUCUUCCCCAGUUUCCUCCCCUGUCCUGGCCAAGCGUCUGAGCAGCCCAGGGUUCCACCCGUCCUCCUACCAAGCUGGAGUCAACCAGCGAUUCCAUGCAGCCAGACACAAGUUCCAGACGCAGGCUGAGCUGGAGCAGCAGCACCAUGGUGGCUCAAGUCCACUGUCCCCAAAGGACCUCUCCCCCACGACAGGCUCGACCCCUCACCUGCCAGAGAACAGCACAGCUAAACAGCUGGCUCGCAACACUGUCACUCAGGUGCUGUCUCGGUUCACUAGCCAGCAGGCUGGUGUCAAGUUGGCCGCAAUUAGCAGCUCUCCAUUUGGCACAGACUACCGCAAUCUAGCUGCAUCACCUCCAGGAGGGAGGUCUCCAUCUUCAGGACCACUAUCUCCUGGUAUCCGUUCUGCCCUCACAUCUCGCUCAGAGAAGAUAAAUGCUCCUCCAGUUUUCCCCAAGAAACCAGGGAUGAGUCCAACUCCAGGCUCCCCAAGUCACAUUGCUCAGACCAGCGUUUUCCCAGAGCUGACGGGCAACUGCGGCCAGAGCAACAGUGGGCAGGAUGGGGCUAAAGAACCAGACCUGGUAUUAUCCUCAAGCAGCUAACAGCCAGUUUUACAAACUGUUAAAUGAGUCAGCUCUAAAUCAACUGCUAUUUAUCUUUAAGCACAAAUUACAAUGUGGAAUCUGGCUGAACGUUUUAAAGCUGCAUUGGAUCAAACGGAUGCAUUGAGUUUGAGCCACUACCUCUUUUCUACAACCUGAGGAGUGAUCAGAAAAACCUAUUGAAGUUAAAUAUUCUAUAUUAUGGGAUUCUUAAAUAUUAGUUACCUUUCCUGUCUCUUUUGUUUACACAAACCUUUUAAAGCUGUCAUUACCCAUGUCUAUCUUAUAACACUGGUGAAUUCAUAGUUUUCCUCUGAACUGCUAAUCCUGUCAGAUGCAAGCCAUAAACUAAUGUGUAUAAAAUAGAAGGGGAAGAAAGAAAGAAAAAAUUGGAAGUAGAGAAUAGCCAGUGUACUGUAGAUGUAGAAUCAUUAUUUCACAACACGAGUAUCAUUUUAAAAUGUUUUUUGCAAUGGAUUACACAGUUGCUAUGGAUAUGAUCCAUGAAAGUAUAUAGUAUAGAACUGAUAUGUAGAAGAAAAAAAAAAUCUCUUUUAAGUCAGUGAAUUAAUAUUUCAUGUAAUUUUUCUUUUAAUAUAUAUUUGUAACAACACUGUAUCCUGUGUUAAAAAGGGAGAGCACACUUUGCACUACAUUACUGGAAGAUGUUUCUGUAACUUCAGGUUUUUUCCCUGUCGGGGCCAUUAAAUUUUAAACACCACUCGGCUGAAGAGGCACCCUGUUUACAUGGCAACUGUUUUUGAGAGAUUUGCAUCCAUGAACACAACAGGGACCAAAUGUUUGAACUGUACUACUGUAUUGGCCGUUUCUACACAAUAGACAAUAUUUCAUGUAAAUGUGUCUUGCUCUAACAUUGUCAUAGUACCUCCCAACAGCUAUUACUCCACAUUUAAAACAAAGA